AUUGGUGGGAUCAAUAACGUCAACGAAAAUUUGAGGAGUGUGGCUGAGAACACCCUUCGGGUAUCACGUAACCUGAAGUUUCAGUCUUUCAAUGAAUACCGCAAGGGAUUUGGCUUGAAACCCUACAUCUCCUUCCAAGAGCUCACAGGAGAAAAUGAGAAAGCAGCAGAACUGGAGAGCCUGUAUGGAGACAUUGAUGCUCUGGAGUUCUACCCAGGUUUACUUCUAGAGAAAUCUCAGCCUGACUCUAUCUUUGGGGAGAGCAUUCUGAAUGUUGGAUUCCCUUUAUCUUUCAAGGGGCUCAUGUCAAACCCCAUCUGUUCUCCCGAGUACUGGAAGCCCAGUACAUUUGGUGGUGAGGUUGGCUUUAACCUUGUCAAGACAGCCACAUUGCAGAAUCUGGUCUGUCUCAAUGUCAAAAAGUGUCCCUAUGUCUCAUUCCGUGUGCCUGAUCUAGAUGAUAAAGACAAGGAAAGUGCAAAGAGGCCACUUCCUGAGCUGUGA